AUGUCUUUUACAACAACCGUUACCGCUGCACCUCCACCUGGUCAGCCAGACAUUGCUUACGCUCCUAACUACGAAAACUACCAGGCCAGGACUACCAAGCGCCUCAAAGAGGGGAACCUCCCGGUUUCGGUCCCAGAUGGAUUUCCAAAACAACUAAUUGGAGAUCUUGUCUGGGAAGGCGAUUCAGUUGGUCAAACAUACGACUGGACGUACAACUUGGCUGAAGACCAGCUUGGUGAAAUCGACCGAGCUUUACAGCAUUUUAAAGGUCUUGGUCUCUCACUCGGACAUCUAUCAGCAGAGACUUUCCCUCUCCCCAACUUGCACUCAGAACUACGCAAGUUAUCCGACGAGCUACACAAAGGCCACGGCUUCUUCGUCAUCCGCGGCGUCAACGUUGAUAAUUACACCCGCGAAGAAAACGCCAUAAUCUACGUCGGUAUCUCAUCACAUAUCGCAUCACAGCGUGGCCGCCAAGACAGCAAAUUCAACGGCAAACCAGCUGACGUUGUCCUCACGCAUGUCAAGGAUCUCAGCGCCGGUCGAGACAAGAGCGCAAUUGGAAGUCCGGCAUAUACUACUGACAGACAGGUCUUUCAUACUGAUUCCGGUGAUAUUGUCUCACUGUUUUGUCUUGAGACGGCCUUAGAGGGUGGUGCGAGUAGGAUUGCGAGUACGUGGAGGGUUUAUAAUGAGUUAGCAAGGACAAGGCCUGAUUUGGUUCACACGCUGUCGCAGAAUUGGGAUGUUGAGAAUUUCGCAAACCCGAACAAGAAGUUUACGACUCGUCCGCUUCUCUACCAUCAAAAGGCCACCGAUACGCUGCCAGAGCGCGUAGCUCUGCAGUAUGCUCGUCGAUAUUUUGUCGGAUUUGGUGCACUUCCAAGGAGUCAUGACAUUCCACCCAUCACAGAAGCUCAAGCCGAAGCCCUCGAUGCUCUUCACUUCUUGGGAGACAAAUUAAGUGUUUCUACGAACUUUGCAAAGGGGGAUAUGCAGUUCAUCAACAACCUGGCUGUAUUUCACGCUCGAGAUGCAUUUACGGACUCGCCAACUCAGCAGCGCCAUCUUCUUCGUCUUUGGUUGAGAGAUCCUGAAAAUGCUUGGGAAACUCCGGAGCCGCUACGUGAGAGGUGGGCAGAACUGUACGAGGGUGUGACGCCGGAUGCUCAGGUAUUUCCGCUGGAGCCUUACAUUCGAAGUGCCAGCAACAAGGCCAGAUAG